AUGUCUUCCGAAAUGCAUAACAAUUCUACGUCCUCCUCCGCCAUCGCCGCCGAUCCCGGUCAUCAGCAGCCGGCGGCAGCUCCGCUGAGCCGAUACGAGUCGCAAAAACGGCGAGACUGGAACACCUUCGGGCAAUACUUGAAGAAUCAAACACCCCCAGUUUCACUGUCCCAGUGCAACUUCAACCACGUGCUUGAGUUCCUUCGCUACCUUGACCAAUUUGGCAAAACCAAGGUCCACUUGCAUGGUUGCAUAUUUUUCGGGCAACCCGACCCGCCUGCACCGUGUACUUGCCCUCUCCGGCAAGCUUGGGGGAGUCUCGACGCUCUCAUAGGUCGGCUUAGAGCCGCCUAUGAAGAGCAUGGCGGUUCCCCCGAGACUAAUCCCUUUGGGAGUGGAGCUAUUCGUGUGUAUCUUCGUGAAGUUAAAGAGUGUCAAGCAAAGGCCAGAGGGAUCCCAUAUACAAAGAAGAAGAAGAAGAGGAACCAAAUUAAAGGCACUCAUGAUCCAAAGUCCUUCAAGCAAUUGGCUACUUGAGAUGGAUGGUACAAUCAAACAAGAACUACAGUUGAAACAAGGGCCUCACGAACGACUUUACUUGCACUGGGGAUUUAAGUUACCAAAAAAGUGAAGGCGAAUGUCCUAAAAGUAUCACCUCUACUUCAACUGAAAACUAUCACAG